GCAAUCGACAUAUAAUACUGAACAAAUCGAGCGCAGUUGUAGGAGGCUGGGUAAGACUUGGGCAUGGCUAUAGAGCUGUACAAGUAAUCAAUAAGGCAGAGUUUAGUGAAUUUUACAAUAGAAGUAACGUGUUUCAACUUGUCAGUUAUAAUUCACAUAGCUUAAAGUACCGGCAAGUUUAAUAUAGUAUCUUAAUUUGACAGUUUAAGAUCAUGGAUCACGCGAAACAGAAACAGUCUGAAAAGCAAGUUGCCAAUUCUACCGACUCUGUCAACGGGCAUGUGGAGGAGAGAGCGCCGGUUCCAAAGUCGCCCAACCGGACCAGGGGUCCGCAGGUAGUGCCCGGAGAGGAGACGAGAUCGCAUUCGUCAGCUGUCAUGGAGAGCUGGAAAGAGGAACGCACUCGGAGCAUUGAGGACAACGAGAUGAACCUGCCCAGCAUCGCCGCCGCGUACACCACUAUCCUUAGGGGUCUGGGAGAAGACCCCCUCAGACAGGGGCUUCUGAAAACCCCGUGGAGAGCCGCCACUGCUAUGCAGUUCUUCACUAAGGGCUACCAGGAGAAAAUAUCAGACGUGCUGAACGACGCUAUCUUUGACGAGGACCAUGACGAAAUGGUGAUUGUGAAAGACAUCGACAUGUUUUCAAUGUGUGAGCACCACCUGGUGCCCUUCAUUGGCAAGGUGCAUAUAGGUUACCUUCCCAACAAGAGAGUCGUGGGUCUGAGCAAAUUGGCCAGAAUUGUUGAAAUCUAUAGCAGAAGAUUACAAGUCCAGGAGAGGUUGACGAAGCAGAUCGCUGUCGCCAUCACAGAGUCUCUGCAGCCGUCUGGAGUGGGGGUCGUGAUCGAGGCCAGUCACAUGUGCAUGGUGAUGCGUGGUGUGCAGAAGAUGAACAGCAAGACUGUGACCAGCACCAUGCUGGGUGUGUUCAGAGAGGACCCCAAAACCAGAGAGGAGUUCCUGAAACUGAUCAAAGACUGAGCACCAGCCUCCUGCUACCCUCGCCCCCCAUGCUACUGCCAGACAUCUCCCCUGAAAACGAACUACCCUCGC